AUGUCCUCUACAGCUCAGCAGGCCUCGGACGUAGCUGCUGCUGUCUCCAAGCUGACUAUUUCCCCGGCUAAUAACGACACCCACCGCAAACAAAACACCAAGAAGGCCGGGACCAAGUCGAAGAAGAAAGUCGCAGACUCAUGGGAAGACGAGGACGUAUCUUCCGAUCCGGAGUCCAGUUCUGAGCCCGAAUCCGGUGGCCCCGACAGCAGCGGCCCCGUAGACUCGGCCGGCGGCAGCUUGACGACGGGCACCAAAGCACCUCCGCCCACACCAGUUACACCUAGCUACUCGCCGAGCGCUACUAACUUCUCAGCUACGACGGGCGACUUAUCCGAUGGGCCCAGGAGACCCGAGAAGACCGAUGCGGUGGCACGCCGCAUGAUAGCGAGUGCACUGGGAGUAAAGGUUCCUAAGCAGACGGAAGAACAGAAAGCUUAUGACAAGGCCAUGCGUGAAAAGGAGCGCAAGAGGAGAGAAGAAGAAAGGCAGCUCGAGAAGAAGAGGCUGGAAGAGGCGGAGAAAGCGAAGAGGGCAAUUUGGGAAGACUGA